ACUGCGAUCUCGUCUCGGCUCAGUGAUGGAGGCUUUCUUGUGGAGUUGAGCUUUCAGCUGAUGUGUUGAUCAGAAAGGAGCUCUGCUCAGUGCUGAGACAGUCUCUGAACUGCAGCUAGGACCAAGGAGGAAAAGGUGGGCAAAGGCAGCAACAGAGUGCUAUAUCCUCACUUAGUUGCCACAUCUAGUCCUGUCAAUCUGUGGCUCUGACAGUGGCACUGCUGCUGUACUGCUCCUAUCAGCUGAUAACUGCACCAUCAGCUGCCCAGCUGGGUAGUCCGACUGUCCCAUCAGUCCCCGCUGUCGUCACGCUGGCGGCCGCGGACCCGCACGCGGCGCUGGGCGCGGCGCCGCCGCCGGGCCACCCAGACCCGGGCGCCCUGGGCACGCCGCCAGAGUUCUGUCUCAGGUGGAACAACUACCACGAGUCGCUGGCUGACGCCUUCUCCGGCUUCCUGGAGCGGGAGGAUUUUCUGGACGUGUCGCUGGCCUGCGACGACGCCGUCAUCAGCGCGCACAAGUGCGUCCUCUCCGCGUGCAGCCCCUUCUUCCAGGAGAUCCUGCUGAAAAACCCAUGCAGCCACCCGACGAUCGUUCUGCCGAGCGGGGUGCAGGCGGCGCACGUGCACCGGCUGGUCAGCUUCAUCUACCACGGCGAGGUCAACGUGCCUCACCACCUGCUGCCUGAGCUCAUCAAGACGGCAGAUCUGCUGAAGAUUCGCGGCCUGGCUUCUGAGUCCAUCAUUCCCGUACAGAUGACGCAGCAGCCGCUGGAAGUUCAGGCGGUCAUCACGCUGCCCGAGCAGGGGCCGCCCGACCUGAGCAUGGCGGCCGCGCCCGCGCCGCCGCCGCCCCAGCCCCCGCCCACUCCGCGGCGCAAGAGGUCGCGCCGCGACCCCGGCGACGCACCGUCGCCACCGCCACCGGAGUUGACGGCGGCUGAGACGCCGCCGCCUCCGCCGCUGUGUCGCGGCGGUGUGGAGCCGGCGGUGGGCCCGGGAGCGCCGCAGCAUCACCACCCACACCAGCCGCAGCACCAACACCACCAGCCGCAGCACCAGCCUCCGCCGCCACACGGCACCGGCGCCGACGACCACAGGUCGGGUCUGCCGGAGCUCUCCGCCGCCGCGGCCGCCGCCUGUCGUCUACCCUCCGGCGUACCGCUCCGCCUGGAGUCAGCCGAGGUCAAACGGGAGCCGAGCGGCGAGGAACGCGGCGAGCCGCCGGACCGGGCCGACCGCUCCGAGCGCGCCGCCAGCCUGGAGUCGUGCCGCAGCCCCUCGCAGCAACUCACCACCAUUGACGGACUGGACCUGCUCGAUCCCUCACAACUACUUGGCUACGACGGUUCAGCGGGCGGAGCGUCCACCCACCGGCCGUGUCCCGUCUGUAACCGGAUAAUGCGCAAACGGGACAUCUCUCGCCACAUGCAGCGCGUGCACUCGGUGCGGAAGCACGCGUGCUCGCACUGUCCGCUCAGUUACGGUUACCGACUGGACCUGCGGCGGCACCUGCUGGAGAAGCACGCGGCGCUGGCCGGCCGCGAGAGCCCGCUGUCGGCCGGUGGGUCACCGCACCGAGCCGACGGCGACGGGUCAGACUACGACGAGCGAUCCGACAGCAACGAGUGACCGAAGAGUGCUGGGGGCCUAGGGCUGAGUGGUUGGCGAAUGGCGGGACAGUAAGAAGCGAACCCCGGGCGCCGUCAGUCUCAGUGGUCGGCAAGACACCAAUGGCUUGACUGACAGGCGCAGCUCAGUCUCAGUAGUCGGCGGGAUACCAACGAGUGAUCGACGAGGGCCGAUUCGGAGUCGUCAGCGAAUGUACCUGCGGCCGGGAUCUGAGCGCUGCCGUGUUGAUGGUGUCGAUGGCUAUAUAAUUAUAUAUCAGCUGUGGUGAAGCAGCGCCUAUGUGUUUAUCGCCGCAGUAUUCAGUCGGCUAAGGCUACAACUGUUGGGUGUGCAAAUAAUUCCCCUGGUAUCCGGGGUUCAUAUCGAAGGAGGCACAGGGCUGCUGAGUCGUUGACUACAUAUGUUCACGCUUCGCGCUUUACGUACAAGCCGCCAGUGUGACGCUAUGCAUUGUAUAAUGAAUUGUUAUGUGAUGUUUUUGUUUUCACAGAAACCGUUAAAAUAUGUUUAUUCUGGAGGUGCGUCGUGUAAGUCAUUAUCCUGCCAUGUAAGUCAUGUUUGUUUUCGAGCUACGGUUUUGGCGUCGACACCUCCGUUUAUCCUGCAAUGUUGCUUUAUGAUGUUCAGCAAGAGAGCAUUGAUGUCAUGACCUCUUGCCACUGUGUUUUGUGCAACCAAGAGCAAAUCAAACUGUAUGCAUGAGAGCAAUGCACGCAUCGUAUAUUUAUGCGAUGUAUGUAGUGUCUGAGAAAGCACGAUGUACUGUAUGUAUCGAUCUGUUAUGCUGUCAUCUGACCCAGUGUUGAAGGAAAACUAUUUAGAUUCCAUAUAUAAAGAAUUGUUGCUUAUAUUGAAA